UAAAUUAUUUAGCUGACCAUUUCAUGAAUUUUCUCGUUUCAUCGUUAACUCGUGUUUUUUAAUGUCAAUCAAACACUUUGUUAAAUUACUCAAUUCAUGUUUUGCACAAUUUAUCAAUCCAAUCCGCCUUUCAAUAUUUACAAGGAAAAUUUUGUUUGAACUUAUAAUACGUAUAUGGGGAUGGCUUGAAGCAUGCCUAUUCAAAGCCGACUACUGGAGAAAUGUUCUCUUUUUCGAUCCAGUUACUACAGCGACCGCAACGACAGCAGCAAAAGCAUCAGAAUCAUCGAGAUGAUUGAAAUAUUCGCUUUAUUGCAAACAAGACGCUUGAUACAUUGUCCUAUUCUGAACACCUGACAGCUGUUUGUGAAAUCAAAAUUUACUGAAAAUGUUGAUUAGUUGUAAAGAAAUAUUAUUUUGCAACUGAUUUAUUCUGAAAUAAUCAAAAGAUGCAAAUAAUUUCAGG